GUACUUCAUAGAAGUGGAAUUAUAGAAUAUUUGUCUUUUGUGAUUGGUUUAUUUUACUUAGCAUAAUGUCUUCAAGGUUUGUCCGUGUUGUAGCAUGUGUCAGAAUUUCCUUCGUUUUUUAAAGCUAGAUAACAUUCCAUUGUAUGUAUACACCACAUUGUUUAUCCAUUCCUCUGUGGAUGGACAUUUGGGUUGCCUCCAUCUUUCAGCUAUGUGAGUAAUGCUGCUAUGAACAUGGGUGCACAAAUAUCUUUUGGAGACUCUACUUUCAAUUCUUUUGGGUAUACACCCAGAAGUGGAAUUGCUGGUUCAUUUGGUAAUUCUAUUUUUAAUUUUUUGAGGAGCUGCCAUACUUUAUCCGUAGCAGCUGUGCCAUUUUACAUUUUUGCUAACAGUGCACAAGAGUUCAUUGGCAGCAUUUGAGAAAGAAAACAGACCCAGAGAAGUAAAUGACUUGUUGAAAGGCACACAGCUAAGUGAUGGCGCCAAAAUUCUAAUCAGUUUCCUGGCUCUUGAAUCCUUGCUUUUAACCAAAAUGCUAAACUUGGACUUUCAUUAUGAGGGGCAGAAGCCCCCUGACAAUACUGGCUCAGCCUUGCCCUGUGGAGCAGUGUCGGUCUGGAGACAUUCCAUGCCCCCAAGGAGCAGGAAAUAGACUCCUGACAUUUCUGAUUCAGAAUGAAGAUUAGUCCUCCCUCCCUCCAGGCAAUUGGGAGGCCACUCUGGUUUGUUGCUUUGACCGAGCUGGGCUACAGUCUCUCCCUCCCUACAAAUCCCACCACAUUUCACCCCAGCUCUGAAUUCCAAUCCCAUUUCACUCUGCAGGCUAUGAAACACAAAGCUAUCAGGUUUCAGGAUCUUGGGCACUGAAAUGUGUGGAGUGUUAGCUGUCUGAUCGCCAAGUCCCAUAAAGAGUCUCUUCACACAUAUCAAGUAAGGCAGGGAGUAAUGAUGAUAAUUAUUUUCCUGUGGGAGGACACAGGAGGGAGGACAGAGUGGUAUGUAGCUUGUGCAAAAUCAGACAGCUGAAAUGUGGCAGAGCUGGAAUUGAACCUGGGUGAUUAGGCUCCAAAAAUUAGCACUCUCAUCCACUCAAUUCAUGUCAAUUAAACAGCUACUAUGUGCUAGGCACUAUGCUGGAAGCUUUUGCUUGCUUCUCUUCAAGCAACCCUUCCAGUAACUUUGAAAUGUAUUGAAUGUCUUACUUAAAUUUGAAGAAACCAAGGCUCAGAGGUGGAUGACUUACCCAAUAUCUUUACCAUUUCUCCGUGGAAUGGGUCUUAUGUCUGACUCCCAGGGCCAAGGGUGGGUGCACAUUCUUGAUGGCUGUCUUGUUUUCUCAGCAGAUCUUAGCCUCCUCUUGGACUCCAUCUAGGAUGCUGUGUCAGAAUGUUCACCAGUUUGGCCAGAAGCUGGUACGCAGGCGGCCCCUGAGGCCAAGGGAGGGGUCUGAGAGUCAACUGGCCCGUUGUCUGAACACCCUAGAUCUGGUGGCCUUGGGUGUGGGCAGCACCCUGGGAGCAGGCGUGUACAUCCUGGCUGGUGAAGUGGCCAAGGACAAGGCUGGACCGGCGAUCGUCCUCUGCUUCUUGGUGGCUGCCCUGUCUUCUGUGUUGUCUGGGCUCUGCUAUGCGGAGCUUGGGGCCCGGGUACCAUGCUCCGGCUCUGCAUAUCUCUACAGCUACGUCACAGUGGGACAACUGUGUGCCUUCAUCACUGGCUGGAACCUCAUACUGUCCUAUGUCAUCGGAGCCGCCAGUGUGGCCAGGGCCUGGAGCCGCACCUUCGACAGCCUGAUUGGGAAUCACAUUUCUCAGGUCCUGCAGGGAAGUUUCUCUCUGCAGGUGCCCCAUGUCUUGGCUGAGUACCCGGACUUUUUCGCGCUGGGCCUGGUGCUGCUGGUGACUGGACUACUCGUUUUGGGAGCUAGUGAGUCAGCCCUGGUUACCAAAAUGUUCACGGGCUUGAACCUUUUGGUUCUCAGCUUCAUCAUCCUCUCCGGCUUCAUUAAGGGAGAUCUGCACCACUGGCAGCUCACGGAACAGGACUACGAAUUGGCCAUAUCUGGAUCCAAUGACACGUCUAGCUUGGGCCCUCUGGGCUUUGGAGGGUUUUUCCCUUUUGGCUUUGCUGGGCUUCUCCGUGGAGCAGCUACAUGUUUCUACGCAUUUGUGGGCUUUGAUUGCAUCGCCACUACAGGGGAGGAAACCCGCAAUCCUCAGCGUGCCAUCCCCGUGGGCAUCGUGAUCUCACUCUUCAUCUGCUUUCUGGCAUAUUUUGGUGUCUCAGCGGCCCUCACCCUCAUGAUGCCCUACUACCAGAUUCAUCCUGAGAGCCCCUUGCCACAGGCUUUUCUCCACGUUGGAUGGGCCCCGGCCAGAUAUGUAGUGGCUGUUGGCACCCUCUGUGCUCUUUCAUCCAGCCUCCUGGGCGCCAUGUUCCCCAUGCCGCGGGUGAUCUACGCAAUGGCCGAUGACGGGCUCCUUUUCCGAGGACUUGCCCGGAUUCAUGCCCGCACACGCACCCCCAUCGUGGCCACCGUAGUUUCUGGAACUCUUGCAGCAUUGAUGGCAUUCCUCUUCGAGCUCAGUGACCUUGUGGACCUUAUGUCAAUUGGGACCCUGCUUGCUUACUCCCUGGUGGCCUUUUCUGUUCUUGUCGUCAGGUACCAGCCAGAACAGGAUUUAAGCAAGAAUGAGAAAACAGAGGUAGAAAUCAUUGAGAUAAAGCCUGAAUUUGAAGCAAGUUCUUUGGGAUCUAUACCUGAAGUAGGAACCUUCAAGACUCUAAAGAAACUGUGUAACCCUAUCAACACCAUCCCCACUCCGAAAUCUGGCCGGAUCGUCUAUGGAUGUGCCUUACUGCUUGCUCUCCUGCUGACGAUCCUGUGCCUGAUACUGGCCCAAUGGCCCAGCCAACUGUUCUCUGGAGAUCCAGUGUGUUCAAUAGCAACUGCGCUGCUGCUGCUGCUCAUUAUUCAGAUCACUUCCAUCAUUUGGAGACAGCCCCAGAACCCCACUCCUCUUCAGUUCAAGGUCCCUGCUCUGCCUGUCCUCCCACUGAUGAGCAUCUUUGUGAAUGUUUACUUGAUGAUGCAGAUGACCCCUGGGACCUGGGCCCGAUUUGGCGUCUGGAUGGUGAUUGGAUUUGCCAUAUACUUUGGAUAUGGGAUCAGACACAGCUUGGAGAAGAACAAUGAUCAACAGCCACCAGCUUUAAACUCCCAAGCUCUUGACAGAAACAUCCCUAGUGCUGAAUUAGUUUAACCACAGGAAAUGGAUGCUGGGUGGAAUCUCUCCAUACCCUGGAGGUGUCUUCUGGUUCAAGGGAAAGUUGGAGCCUCCGUGAGGCAUGAAGAUGGGAUGCCUUUAGAGCCCUGUAUUUAUUGUCAGUGGACAAAAUUCCGUAAUGUUGUAUGAUUUUUAAGUAAGCUUUUAAAAGCAUAAUACGCAUACAGAAAAGCUCAGGCUUCAUAAGUAUGCAGCAAGAUGAAUUUUCACAGAGAAAGGACAACAAUGUAACCAACAUCCAGAGAAAGAAAUAAAAUGACUUGCACAUAAGAAGCGCCUUCUUGUGCCU